GAAGCGGUUCUUGUCAGUCGUUGUCAGGUAUUUGAGCUUGUUUGUGGUGGGUUCGCGGCGCCUGACUAGGUGAGGCUUGGUUCCAGGACCCCGAGAGGGACGCUCGAGCGUAAACCCGGGCAGCGGGAUGGACGUUCUGAAAUCGGAGAUCCUCCGGAAGCGGCAGCUGGUGGAGGACAGGAACCUGUUGGUGCUGGAAAACACUUGUCUGUGUUACAUUGUUCUUCUGGAAGAGCUGCCUCAACUUGGUCAUUUCAAAUGAUGUUGCAGCUUUUUAUUGUUAGUCCGAGAGUUGAAAUAGAAAAUAAAAAGUAUUUCAAGCGUAGUGAACUUGCAAAAAAAGAAGAGGAAGCAUAUUUUGAAAGAUGUGGCUACAAGCCUAUAAAUGAGAAGCCAUCUGGAGAGAUACAGCCGAAAGAGGAGGACCAGAAACCAUUAACUUCUUCAAAUCCAGUGCUAGAACUUGAACUGGCAGAGGAAAAGUUACCCAUGACUCUUUCUAGGCAAGAGGUUAUCAGAAGAUUGAGAGAAAGAGGAGAACCAAUCAGACUGUUUGGAGAAACUGAUUAUGAUGCUUUUCAACGUUUAAGAAAAAUAGAGAUCCUCACACCAGAAGUUAACAAGGGAUUGAGGAAUGAUCUGAAAGCAGCUUUGGAUAAGAUCGACCAGCAGUACCUCAAUGAGCUUGUGGGUGGUCAGGAACCUGGAGAGGAAGACACACAGAAUGAUUUGAAAGUUCAUGAAGAAAACACCACAAUUGAAGAGUUAGAGGCAUUGGGAGAAUCUUUAGGAAAAGGCGAUGAUCAUAAGGACAUGGAUAUCAUUACCAAGUUCCUUAAGUUUCUUCUUGGUGUUUGGGCUAAAGAACUGAAUGCCAGAGAAGAUUAUGUGAAGCGCAGUGUGCAGGGCAAACUGAACAGUGCUACUCAAAAACAGACUGAGUCCUAUCUCAGACCCCUUUUCAGAAAGCUACGGAAAAGGAAUCUUCCUGCUGAUAUUAAAGAAUCCAUAACAGAUAUUAUUAAAUUCAUGUUGCAGAGAGAAUAUGUAAAGGCUAAUGAUGCUUAUCUUCAGAUGGCCAUUGGAAAUGCCCCUUGGCCCAUAGGUGUCACCAUGGUUGGUAUCCAUGCCAGAACUGGCAGAGAAAAGAUUUUUUCUAAGCAUGUUGCACAUGUUUUAAAUGAUGAAACACAGCGGAAAUAUAUUCAGGGAUUGAAGAGGUUAAUGACCAUUUGCCAGAAGCACUUUCCUACAGAUCCAUCAAAAUGUGUGGAGUACAACGCACUGUGAAAUCUGGGUAUGGUGUCUUAAGUAACGAGAAACUUAAGUGGACGUGCUGUACGGACUUCUGGAAUUCCCAUCAGGAACGAGGGAAGAAUAAUGUGGUUUCCUGUGUUUGAGUUCUACCUAACGCUACUGUCUCGGUUUUAAGAAACGGUGUUGGCUCUCCUGUCACAUCUGGCUACAAACUGAUUUUUGUGUCAUUUACUUUAAAUAGUCAAAAAAUUAAGUUCUAAAGACUUUUCCUCGAAUUUAAAUGUGUAGACAACUGUCCCAGAAGAGGGUCUAAAAUGACGUCUUCCCUCUAGACCUACAAGCUGGCACUUAGAGGAUUGAAAAGGAACAUUUGAGGAUGGACUUAAUUUCUUUCUGUAAAAUACGGUAAUUUUCACAUUGUCUUUUAUGUAGCAUUUAUAAAAAAUAUUUUUAUAUAUUUCAACAGAAAUAUGGAACCAUUUAAUGAAACUUUAUAGUCCUUAAAUGUUGCUGAACUUUUGCCAUCUUGCAGUAGAAUUGGAAUGUAAAUGUUAUUACUGUUAACUCAAGUGUUGUUUUUCUUGCAUUUCAAGGCUGGCUUUUACCUUCUAAGGAGUGUAAAUUUUAGUAUUUGUCAUCUCUUUGGGACAGAAGAAUUAACAGGAAAUCACAGUUCAAAAUAGAUGGUAUAUUAUACCAACAGAAGUUUAAAUUAAGAAGCCCAGUGCCUCAAGGUUCAAGGUGGGGCAGUGGAUUGUCAAGCCAGCCAAGGAUGGGGACGUUGUGACACCACUGGUUCUUCCCAGACUAGGACUGCUUGUGAGUCUCCUUGUUGCAGGGCCCGCGGUGGACUGCCGCUCCCGGCCCUGUGCCACCGCGCAUAGAACAAGGCGCCGGGACUCUGGUCACUGCCUGACACAGUAGGCCAUGCGUCUGAGUUGGCCCACAUGAGGACUUCCGAAUCUCACACAGUGUCCUGUGCAGAUAAUGGUAUAAUGGUGACGAAUCGCUGUGCUCUGCAAGUUGAGAGGCCUCGGUUAAUAGAGGAAGGUGGGUGAAUGGAACCGACCUGCCCAGGGGGAGUGACAGUGUCGGGUAGCAGUAAGGGGCUGCUCCCGAGUCAGCACUGCCGAGCUGGAGGUCCCAGAUCUCCCCCUACAGGUGCGAGACCCUGGGCGUCACUCAGCCUGUCUCUGCCUCCUUUUUGCCCCGUCUGCAAACGGUCGCGAGGCCCUGGGGUGUACACCUCAGCGUGCCGCUGUGGUGGUCAAGUCAAAUAAAAUGCUUAGUGCGCUGCCUGGCAAAUGAGAGCUCAGUGGGUACUGGUUCUUGUGUCCUCGUUCCUAGAGUGUUACUGCAGUAGCGUUCCUGAGCCCUGUGCCGAGGGGCGGUGUGUGCUCAAGUCAGGGUAACACCAACGAUGGGGGGGUGGCAGCGACAGCCGUAGGGGUAGGAGCGGUUACCAAGCAGGGACUGUGUCUGGGCUCGGUGACUGCUCCCGAUUUCAGCCAGUUGGGAGUUGAAAGGGUGAGAGGACAUGGUGGGAGCUAGAGUCCGCUGAGUUGUAGGUGGGGGUAGCUUCUCAUAGCUCCACGGUCACCUAUUCUGGCCCCUUUGGGAAGGCUCGAGAGCCUCUUGUGGUCACCUGUGUAUGGCCAUGCCUGUCGGGUCAUUUCUGCUGGGUUUCUGCACAGGGUGGCUGGAGCCUGCCGUCCUGAAUUGAAUCAGGCUUAUUCCCUACCCCACUCCCCACUUCGGAAACCAUUUCUUAUGAUUAAAUGAGUUAGGACUUAGGAGAGCUUACUCUAGGGCAAAUGAGAGAGAGACUUUCGUAAGAUAGGACGCUAGUCUAGACUUGAGUUACGUAAUCUUGUUGUGUUGGACUUGCUGAUAAAUACUGUUGAAUGAAUACUCCCCAAAUUACUUCUCUUUGUUCACAAUCAGACCACAGCAUGGCAGUCCGUUGUUUUCAUGUUGUCUUUCCAUUUGCUGUUAGUUAAUACUCCACAUAAAGAAGAAACUGUAUCAGGUGACACCAAUACCUUCUAAAAUUGAUCUGUAUGGGUAGAAGGUUUAAAAAAAAAAAUGGUAACUUUCUAUAGUCCUGUGAAUUGUUAACCAUGGGGGCUUAGGUAGAGGGAAGCAGGUUCGUAGAAAAGCUUUCCAUUUCCCUGAAAUUAAAGGUCUUCUGUUACUUGCAAAUAAUCACGUGGCUAAAUAGAACAGUAACCUCCCGCGUUCUCCACAUCAUGAAAAUUUUAGUUCAGCAGAUAUGACAUACUUCUGCUUUUAGCUAUUUUUAAAAUAAUAAAGGCAUCCUUUAAAAAUCAGUCACAGCCCUGAAAUUAACCAUUCUUCCCUUUCUUCAUUACUGCCGGCCCAGACUCCUGUCCAGAGGAGUUCUUUCUGGAGUCAGAUUUAAUAAAAUGCUGGUAUUCUCUCACAAGUAAUCCUGUAUUUUCUGGGAGUGUUCUUGCCAACUGCAAAGACCAAGCAGUAGAUGUUAGCAUUACAACACAGAGCCUGUGGCAGCCUGGAAGCCAGGGCUGUGCUCUCAGUCUUUGGGGAAAAUUAGGAAAUGAAGUUGAGGCCAAAGACAAUUGAGGGAGAGAGAACGAGGAUGGUCCCGAUCUCCUGAGGAGAAGGGGGAGGUCCCGAGAGACCCGAGCUGGGAAGGCAGCUGUCAGGAGUCACAGAGCUGAGGGAUCUGCUCUGAGCUCAGCGAGAAUUGGGAGGAAUGGGAAAUAGGAUUGAUAGCAGAGGGCGCCUGGGUGGCUCAGUCGUUAAGCGUCUGCCUUCGGCUCAGGUCAUGGUCCCAGGGUCCUGGGAUCGAGUCCCACAUCGGGCUCCCUCCUCGGGGGGAAGCCUGCUUCUCCCUCUCCCACUCCCGCUGCUUGUGUUCCUGCUCUCGCUAUCUCUGUCUCUGUCAAAUAAAUAAAUAAAAUCUUUAAAAAAAAAAAAAAGGAUUGAUAGCAGAAGGGCUUCUUGGUGUUAAGUCCUUCCAGCUGGUGAUUUCCUGACCUACUCUCACACUUUCGAUUGCCCUGGGUUUCGACCCCCGUAAAUACUUGAGAAACACAACUGUCUUUUCACUUGAAAGUCAUUUAUUCUGUGAGCAGUUUAGAAAAGACAACAGAAAAGUGUUCCAGAGUCUUUGGUAGAUUUGAAUUUGGGGAUUCGUUAUCACUGGCUCCUUUUCAGCCACACAGUCACCCCCUUUUAAGGAUUAACAUAGGAGAUGGUAGAAUUUGGGCAGUUUUAGUGAAAGGGGGGCGUUAAAUUGCAGUGUCGCGAUCGCCUUUGUCGGAGUGUCUUGGAGAUGUGCCUCCCCAGUACGCUCCUAUGAAGCCCCUCGCUGGCCAGCUUGACCCCGUAGAAAUGUAUGGUAUGGGACCAUAUUGGGAGUCCUGAGCUGCAAGCCCUUCCUCACGGCUUCUGAUGUGGGAGUUUCCAGCUGUGUGAGGAGCCAGCACCAGCCCCCUGAGGGUCACUACGGGACCACUGUUAAGGCAACUGGUUUUCAUCACAGACCCAGUAGCUCCAUUGGCUGAAUUCUAACCACACGCUAGUACUUUAAUGGUUAACAGUAUCCUGAACAUCUUUUGAAAUUUAAAAACAAGUUCUGGGGGUGUGGAGUAACUCGGGGGAAGGCAGUGUGGCUGGCGGCAGCUGUGGUGUGAGCCGAUCCCAUUCAAGAUCUGGGAGCCGUGCUCGUUUAAAAAAAAGGUUUUGUAUAUUUACCAAAAGCUUAUUAUGAAAGCUUUGAUUACUUACUCAGUUGUGCCCAUACUAAACCCCGGGGUCCUUGGUACAGCUUGCUGGAGCUAACCGUCCUCGCGUUGCCGGUCGGGAUUGCUCUGCUGAAGCAGGCAGCUUGGUUUUGUGGGGUCCCGCCUCCCCGCCUAUAAGCACCGGCUUUGAAAAUACUGUCAGCCUUCCCUCACAGCAUUCAGGCUGGAUACAUACUUUCACCGGGGAGAGCAGCUAAGAAGUUUCAGGCUUCCUUUCGAGUAUGAUCCGUGACCUCAGAAGUGUUCACUGAGCUUCCUCCCACGAUGGGCAAGAGUCAUUUGGGCAGUCUGCUCUCUGUGCCUUUCUGAACUCACAGUUUGUCAUUGCCAAAUUGCCUUUCCUGUCCAACUGCUCUGCCUUUUUUUUUUUUUUCAACUGCUCUGCCUUUAAGACUUAGGAACAAUCGGGAAGCUUUAGUGUUGUAGUCUGAGCUUGGCUUGGAGGUUCUGCCCUCCCGGGAAGCAGGAGAGUUAAAGCUGUAGCUUUGGAAACUUUCUGACCACAAUUCAAAGUAUAACAGUAACAAAUGCAUGCAUACAUGAAUGCACAUAUAACUGAAACAAAAGCACUCACAUACUCUUCUCUUGUAUUUCUUUUAAGAAUAUGCUGGCUGUGACUCCAAACAGGGUUACGACGCAUUAAUGCACUGUGACCAGUAGUUUGAAAACCACCCAUUAAGACCACCAAUUAUCAGUAGAGUUAAGGAUGGAAAUAACCUGGUAGAUGAAUUCAGGGCAGAAGGACUCUACUUUUUAUUUUUUUUAGCCACCUAGGCGCCCCUAAAUUGUUGAUUUUCCCAUGUAAAGGCAAACAGGUAUUGGCUUUCAGGGUCACUACAAAGGUCUAUUACAGUGAAGGUUGUGCUUUCUGGAGAUACGGCGGAAAGUGGGGUAUGAGGAUUUGGCACAACUGGGUGCUGGGGAAUAACUAUAUUGUUGAUAACUCUCUAAGUCCUGAACAAACCUCCAUCCUCUUCCAUGUUUUUUUUUUUUUUUUUUUUUUUUAAAUAACAUAUAAUGUAUUAUUUGUUUCAGAGGUGCAGGUCUGUGAUUCAGCAGUCUUACACAAUUCACAGUGCUCACCAUAGCACAUACCCUCCCCAGUGUCCAUCACCCAGACCCCCAUCUCUCCCACACCCCUCCACUCCAGCAACCCUCAGUUUGUUUCCUGAGAUUAAGAGUCUCUCAUGGUUUGUCUCUCUCUGUGGUUUCAUCUUUUCAUUUUUCCCUCCCUUCCCCUAUGAUCCUCUGUCUUGUUUCUCAAAUUCCUCAUGUCAGUGAGAUCAUAGGAUAAUUGUCUUUCUCUGACUGACUUAUUUCACUUAGCAUAAUACCUUCUAGUUCCAUCCAUGUCGUUGCAAAUGGCAAGAUUUCAUUUUUUGAUGGCUGCAUAAUAUUCCUGUGUGUGUGUGUGUGUGUGUAUCACGUCUUUUUUAUCUAUUCAUCUGUUAUGGACAUCUAGGUUCUUUCCAUAGUUUGGCUAUUGUGGACAUUGCUGCUAUAAACAUUGGGGUGCAUGUGCCCAGAAGGACUCUACUUUUAAAAAGUUUUUUAAAUACAGAGCUAUAGAGAUCACACUCAGCGUUCAAGGUUAGUGUGAAGUUUAGCAGAUUAUAAAACCUUUCCAAUGCUAAGUACUUGCGAAGCAGCAGUUCUUAUAUUUCAGAUGAAGAGACUAUCCCCCAAGGGGAGGAUAACCACAACACACAACAUAUAGUUGGCAGCGUGGUUUGGUGACCACCUUAGGCUGGCUGUCAGUUGUAUAAAGGGAGAUGAACCAAGGUAUAAAAUAGAUGGGAGCUCAGAGGUAGGGUUGAGGCAGAGAAAGAUACAUCGUGCAUCAAAUCUCUAUUGAGGGUUGGCUCAUGCCUUUAAAGAUUACUUCCCAAGGCUGAGGUAGGGCUGGAUUACAUUCCUUUUUAUGUAAAUUUUUAAGCAAUUGUGUAAUAUAGAAAAAUGUACAAAUAAGAAGACUACCAUAUCCUGAUACAUUUUUCAAAGUGAAUAUCUCCCCAAAGUCUCCAGCACCCAAGUCAGGAAAGAACGUUGUUAAUGCCCCGGAAGUCUCCUCAUGCCCCCUUCUGGUCACAACCAUGGUCCUAAUGUCUAACAUCAUUACUGCUCCAUAAUGUACAUACCCUACAAUUCACCCAUUUAAAGUAUAUAGAGAUUUAGACUAUUCAGAGUUGUACCACCAUCGCCACAACCUUAAGUUCAGAACAUUUCAUCACCCCUAAAAGAAACCCUGUACCCAUUAGCAGUCACUAAUAGGUUAGUUUUGCCUGAUUUUUCAUCUGCUCAUUUGUAAAUGGACUCAGUGGUCUUGACUUGUUUUAUGUUUCAUUUCUUCUGGUUUCUGAUCCUCCUCCUCAUCACAUGUCAUUGUGAUUCGUUCAUUCUCAUGGCCACAUCCCAUAAUUUAUCUGUUUUACUGUUGAUAGACUUUUGAGUUGGUUCCAGUUUUUGUAUGAAUAUUGUGUGUGCAUUCUUUGGUGAAUAUGAAUCUCUGUAGGGUACACACCAUGUUGUGAAAUGUCUGGGACAUAGGGUAUGUGCAUACUCAGCUAUAUUAGAUACUGUCAAGGAAUUUUCCAAACGGCCUGUACAGUGGACAGCCCCCCCAGGCAGGAUUUGAAGUUCCAGCUACUCUACAUCCCGGCCACACAUGACAUACUCUGUCAUUUUCAUUUUAGCCCUUCUGGUGGGUUAAAGUGGUAUGCUGUGGCCUUAAUUUGCAUUUCCCUGCUGACACAUAAAGGUGGCCACCUUCUUUAUGUACUUGCUGGCCAUUUGGAUAUUCUCUUUUGUGACGUUCCCAUUUAGGAUCUUAUUUUUGCCCAUGUCUUCUGUUUAAUUGCCUGCCUUUUUCUUACUGAUCAUAGUUUGUUCUUCUGGCUAGGAGUCCUUUGUUGGACACGUUUAUUGCAAAUACUUCUCCCGCUCUGUGGCUUGCCUCUCUGCGAGGUUCCUUUUUAUGCAAAGGGGAAAUAACCUUUUAACGAGCUCAGAUAUUGACAUAAUCUUUGCUACCUGUGCCAGGUUGUACAAAAAUCAAAUUAUGUGUUAGUCUUACAGUAAUUUUUUUCUCUUGAUUAAUGAUGUCAUCGUCUUGGUGUGCCUUUAAGGGUAUAGGAUUUGAGAGAGGAAAUCAUGUGACUUUUAAAAAUUUUUUUGCUAUACUUUGGUUUUAUUAGAUUAUUAUUUAAGACCUGGUGAUUUUUUUCUUCCUUUGGUGUGCAAGUAUGUACACCAUAUAUGUGUGUUGUAGACAGUGCUCGCUGGUGGCUUACCCUGUUUUCAUUCUCCUCCUCUUUGCUAAUAGAAGCUUAAUGUGUUCAGAGCUGCAAUGCACACAGUUAAAACUGCUUGCUCUCCCAGGACCCUUUGAUGUUAGGGUUGGUUAUGUGACAUGUUCUGCCAAUAAUCCGUGGAGAGAGUCUGUUGGGUAGGACUUCCCGAAAGCUAUUG